CACCGCCGAGCCGGACACCUCACCACGGGAAACAUGGAGGCUGCGGCCGAGGAGCUGCUGGCCGGCUCUCGGCUACCUGUCACUAUCGAUCAAAUAGUUAACGAUACACUAUUGGUGACGCUGACCUAUCGAGAAAGGAGCUACACAGGGAUAUUACUUGAUUGCAACAAAAAGACCGGGCUGUUCUGUUUACCUGAUUUCACAGCAAAACCAGUCGACUUUGUGGUAUCUGAAACAACAUGUGAAAUAGCAGAUGUUCAGGGUGAGGAGCAAGAUGCCAACUCUAUCGGCCAGGAAUCACGAAGACCAAAGGAUGAAAAUACUCUCCCCAAAAGUAGUAUAGCUACUGCACCUCCACUUUGCCCUGUGCCCACACUAAUGCCAGCUGGGCAGACGCCAUACCCUCCUUAUUUUGAAGGAGCACCCUUCCCCCAGCCUUUAUGGGUACGCCACAGCUACAGCCAAUGGGUACCGCAGCCCCCUCCACGACCCAUUAAGAGGAAGAAGAGGCGGACCCGAGAGCCUGGCCGCAUGACGAUGAGUACUAUCCGUCUGCGGCCACGGCAGGUACUUUGUGAAAAGUGUAAAAACACCUUGAAUAGUGAGGAGGACAGCAAAGAUGGCUUAAACAAUGCAAAGAACUCCAGAAAAGAGAAUACACUACAUAGUGACGAUGAUGGAGUUGACAAAGACACACCCAAUAAGCUCUCAAAGAAAAAUGAUGUAGUUCUAACCAAGGACAAUAAGAGACGGGAAAAUGGCACCAGCAUUGACAGCAAGCGCUUCAGGAGAGAAAAAAGAAGUGAAGCUGAAGGGGAAAGGUUCCCUGGAAGUGACGUUAUCCCACACAGUCCAGUCAUAAAGAUUUCAUACAGCACUCCACAGGGCAAAGGAGAGGUAAUGAAGAUUCCUUCGCGAGUCCACGGUUCAAUAAAACCCUUCUGUCCAAAGCAGCUAAGGCAUAAUGGCUUGGCAGAAAACGGCAAGAUACCUUCUAAUUCUGCAAAAGAGCAAAGACACAUUUUAGAUGCUCGGCGGUCUGGCCUCACUGUAUCCAUUCCCAAACUCAAACUGACAAGGCCGUUCACCACUGUGUGUCAGGAUAUAGAAUCUCCAAAUAUCCGCCUGAGACACCCAAAGAGGGAGCACGAUGAGAGCAUGGUCGAAUACGAGGCGGAACUUGUAGGAAAUGCGAGAAGGCGAAGUCCAAGGGCACCCGGACCCUGUCUCACCCACUCUGAAGACUCUGGGGAAGGCAAGAACUCUCUGGAGUUGUGGUCAGGAAGUUCUGGAGAGGAAGCAGAGCGUGGCCACAAUGACCUAACCCUUCUCAUCAAUUUCAGGAAGCGAAAAGCAGACUCCUCUAGCUUGUCAGUUUGCAGCAGUGACAGCCUAGAUGAGUCCAAGUCCUUCAGUUCGGAUGGUACGUCACCCGAGCUGUGUGAUUUGGCACCUGGUGAAGACCUUUCCGUAACUUCGUCUUCUAUACCUUCACGGGACGAUUGCAAGACUGUGCCCCCGAUCACUGUGCGAUUACACACUCGCAGCAUGACAAAGUGUGUCACAGAAGAAGGUCACGCUGUGGCUGUGGGAGACAUUGUGUGGGGAAAAAUCCAUGGCUUCCCUUGGUGGCCUGCCCGUGUCCUCAGCAUCAGUGGGACCCGCAAAGAGGAGACUGCCACAUGUGAGGCUCAGUGGCCCCAGGCAAAGGUGGCAUGGUUUGGUUCCCCUACCACAUCCCAGCUCUCUGUUGCCAAACUUUCACCUUUCAGAGAGCUUUUCAGGUCCCGUUUUAACCGCAAAAAGAAAGGGAUGUAUCGGAGAGCCAUCUUGGAGGCAGCCAAGGCUGUUGGACACAUGAGCCCAGAGAUUACAUCACUACUUUCUCACGGCGACACAUAG